CCUACAUGGUAGUAGAUUCUUCACACCACAGCCAUGGAGAAAAGGCACGACUUCAGCUUCCUACCAUGAAAGAGAAUGAUACUCACUGUAUCGAUUUCAGCUACCUUUUGUACAGUAAGAAAGGGACAAGCCCUGGAACUCUGAACAUCUUGGUUAGGGUGAACAAGGGUCCUCUGGCGAACCCCAUUUGGAAUGUGACCGGCUCUACUGGCAAAGACUGGCUACGGGCAGAGCUGGCUGUCAGCACCUUCUGGCCAAAUGAAUAUCAGGUAAUAUUUGAGGCUGAAGUCUCAGAUGGAAGAAAUGGCUACGUUGCCAUUGAUGACAUCCAGGUUCUGAGCUACCCUUGUGAUAAAUCUCCUCAUUUCCUGAGGCUGGGGGACGUAGAGGUCAAUGCAGGCCAGAAUGCAACAUUUCAGUGCAUUGCUACAGGGAGGGAUGCAGUGAAGAACAAGUUAUGGCUGCAGAGGCGCAAUGGAGAAGAUAUUCCAGUGGCCCAAACAAAAAACAUCAAUCACAGACGUUUUGCUGCUACCUUUAAGCUUCAGGAAGUAACAAAAACGGAUCAGGAUUUAUAUCGUUGUGUUACUCAGUCUGAGAGAGGAUCUGGAGUUUCCAACUUUGCCCAGCUUAUUGUUCGAGAACCUCCUCGACCAAUAGCACCUCCACAGUUGCUUGGAGUUGGACCAACAUAUCUGCUCAUUCAGUUGAAUGCAAAUUCUAUUAUUGGGGAUGGACCUAUCAUCCUAAAAGAGGUGGAAUACCAUAUGACCACAGGGACCUGGACAGAAACUCAUGCUGUCAAUGCACCGACAUAUAAGCUGUGGCAUUUGGACCCAGACACAGAGUAUGAGAUUCGUGUUCUUCUAACCAGGCCUGGAGAAGGUGGCACAGGUCAGCCGGGCCCUCCGCUGAUUACCCGAACCAAAUGUGCAGAGCCUAUGAGAACACCCAAGACUUUAAAAAUUGCCGAGAUCCAGGCACGUCGUAUUGCUGUGGAUUGGGAAUCCCUGGGUUACAACAUCACCCGCUGCCAUACCUUCAAUGUUACCAUCUGCUACCAUUACUUCCAUGGCCACAAUGGAAGCAAAGCUGACUGCUUGGACAUGGAUCCCAAAGCACCACAGCAUGUUGUGAAUCACCUGCCUCCUUACACAAACGUGAGCCUCAAAAUGAUUUUGACAAAUCCUGAAGGACGGAAAGAGAGUGAGGAGACCAUUAUUCAAACAGAUGAAGAUGUGCCCGGUCCUGUACCUACAAAAUCGUUAAAAGGAACUCCCUUUGAAGACAAGAUCUUCUUAAACUGGAAAGAACCGAUGGAUCCAAAUGGUAUCAUCACCCAGUAUGAGGUCAGUUACAGUAGCAUACGAUCAUUUGAUCCUGCAGUUCCAGUGGCUGGGCCACCUCAAACUGUGUCAAAACUAUGGAACAGUACACAUCAUGUCUUUCCCCAUCUACAUCCUGGGACUACCUAUCAGUUUUAUAUAAGAGCCAGCACUGUCAAAGGUUUUGGACCAGCUACAGCCAUCAAUGUAACAACCAAUAUUUCAGCUCCCACAUUACCAGACUAUGAAGGUAUUGAUGCCUCUCUCAAUGAAACAGCCACAACCAUAACUGUACUCCUGAGACCAGCACAAGCCAAAGGAGCUCCUAUCAGCGCCUAUCAGAUUGUUGUUGAAGAACUGCAUCCUCAUCGAACCAAACGAGAAACUGGUGCAAUGGAUUGCUACCAGAUUCCUGUCACAUAUCAAAAUGCUCUGAGCAGUGGCUCGCCAUAUUAUUUUGCUGCAGAACUGUCUCCUGGCAAUCUUCCAGAAGCAGCACCUUUCACAGUUGGUGACAAUAGAACUUAUCAAGGCUUCUGGAACCCACCUUUGGUGCCUCGGAAAGGGUAUAAUAUCUAUUUUCAAGCCAUGAGCAGUGUUGAGAAGGAGACCAAAACUCAGUGUGUUCGAAUUGCUACUAAAGCAGCUGCAACAGAAGAACCAGAGGUUAUUCCUGAUCCAGCCAAGCAGACUGACCGUGUGGUGAAAAUAGCAGGAAUAAGUGCUGGAAUCCUUGUCUUCAUUCUCAUCCUCCUCCUUGUCAUAUUAAUUGUCAAAAAAAGUAAACUGGCUAAGAAACGCAAGGAUGCCAUGGGAAACACUAGGCAAGAAAUGACCCAUAUGGUGAAUGCAAUGGAUCGGAGCUAUGCUGAUCAAAGCACUCUUCAUGCAGAGGAUCCUCUUUCAGUCACCUUUAUGGAUUCUCAUAACUUCAACCCCAGAUUGCCCAAUGAUCCACUUGUGCCGACUGCUGUGUUAGAUGAAAACCACAGCGCAACAGCAGAGUCAAGUCGUCUGUUAGAUGUACCUCGUUAUCUCUGCGAAGGAACAGAAUCCCCGUACCAAACCGGCCAACUACAUCCUGCUAUCAGAGUAGCGGAUUUGCUGCAGCAUAUUAAUCUCAUGAAAACAUCUGACAGCUAUGGUUUUAAAGAAGAAUAUGAGAGUUUCUUUGAAGGACAAUCAGCUUCUUGGGAUGUGGCAAAAAAGGAUCAAAACAGAACGAAGAAUAGAUAUGGGAACAUUAUAGCAUAUGAUCACUCCAGAGUGAUAUUGCAACCUGUGGAGGAUGAUCCUUCUUCAGACUACAUUAAUGCUAAUUAUAUUGAUGGAUACCAGAGACCAAGCCACUACAUUGCAACCCAAGGGCCAGUGCAUGAGACAGUCUAUGAUUUCUGGAGAAUGAUAUGGCAAGAACAAUCAGCCUGCAUCGUUAUGGUUACAAAUUUAGUUGAAGUGGGGCGGGUUAAAUGCUACAAGUAUUGGCCUGAUGAUACUGAAGUUUAUGGGGACUUCAAAGUUACUUGUGUGGAAGUGGAACCACUUGCAGAAUAUGUUGUCAGGACGUUCACCCUUGAAAGGAGAGGUUACAAUGAAAUCCGUGAAGUUAAACAGUUCCACUUUACUGGUUGGCCUGAUCAUGGAGUACCUUACAAUGCAACAGGCCUUCUUUCAUUUAUACGCCGUGUGAAACUAUCUAACCCCCCAAGUGCCGGGCCUAUUGUUGUGCAUUGCAGGUGUGUAGAAAAGAGUGCUGGAGCUGGGAGAACUGGAUGCUAUAUUGUAAUUGACAUAAUGUUAGACAUGGCAGAAAGAGAAGGUGUUGUAGACAUCUACAACUGUGUCAAAGCAUUACGUUCACGCCGCAUCAAUAUGGUACAGACAGAGGAGCAGUAUAUCUUUAUUCAUGAUGCAAUCCUGGAAGCCUGUUUAUGCGGAGAAACUGCCAUCCCAGUCUGUGAAUUUAAAGCGGCAUAUUUUGACAUGAUUAGAAUAGACUCUCAGACAAACUCUUCGCAUCUUAAAGAUGAAUUCCAGACCCUGAAUUCUGUGACUCCUCGGCUACAAGCUGAAGACUGCAGCAUCGCAUGCUUGCCAAGGAAUCAUGACAAAAACCGCUUUAUGGAUAUGCUACCACCUGACAGAUGUCUGCCUUUCCUAAUUACUAUUGAUGGCGAGAGUAGCAAUUACAUCAAUGCUGCCCUUAUGGAUAGCUAUAGACAACCUGCUGCUUUCAUUGUCACGCAGCAUCCUCUGCCGAACACUGUGAAAGACUUCUGGAGAUUAGUCUACGACUACGGCUGUACCUCUCUUGUGAUGUUAAAUGAAGUUGAUUUAGCGCAAGGCUGCCCACAAUAUUGGCCAGAGGAAGGAAUGCUGAGAUAUGGUCCUAUUCAGGUUGAGUGCAUGUCCUGCUCAAUGGAGUGUGAUGUAAUCAACAGAAUUUUCAGGAUAUGCAAUUUAACAAGGCCGCAGGAAGGUUAUCUGAUGGUUCAGCAAUUUCAGUAUCUGAGUUGGGCAUCUCACAGGGAUGUGCCGGGCUCCAAACGGUCAUUCUUAAACUUAAUUCUUCAAGUAGAAAAGUGGCAAGAAGAAUGCGAAGAAGGGGAAGGGAGAACCAUAAUUCAUUGUCUGAAUGGCGGUGGGCGAAGCGGGAUGUUUUGCGCCAUAGGCAUAGUAGUGGAAAUGGUUAAAAGGCAAAACGUCAUUGAUGUUUUCCAUGCAGUAAAAACUUUACGGAACAGUAAGCCUAACAUGGUAGAAACACCGGAACAAUAUCGUUUCUGCUAUGAUGUCGCACUGGAGUACCUUGAAUCGACUUAAUAUGAAAGGAUAAAUACAAUCAAGUGAACCAAAUAAUAUGAAAUUUAAUAAACUGUGUUUUGGCAUCAGCUGUUGAAUCUAUGAAGAAACGUUUUAGUGAAGGGGAGACUUAAUUUUUAAAUGCAAAAGUAUUUUUCUUAAUAAAUGGUGUAAAUAUAUCUAUGGACUGUUCUUCUAUUCCUGUAUACCAUCUGAAUAUAAUACCACAAAAAUAAAUAAGAGUCAAGUCAGAGCACAUCUGCUAUACAAAGUUGAACUUUUCAAUGUUUGCAUAUUCAGCUGUCUCUCAGCUAUGUUAGACCUGUCAUCUGUUGCAUGUAUCUAUUCUAGUGAAUAUUUUAUUUCACUUUUGCCCUUAAUUUCAUACUGUUAAAAGUUUUUAAAAAUACUGUGCAGAUUGAUAAUCUAUAGGUUUCGUGUGCUGCAAGAAUAUAUAUAUGGAGAGAGAUACAGCCACACACACUACACACAUUUUUACAAAACGGCUUAUUUUGUUUUCCUGUGCAAUGACAGCCUGAUCAAAGUUCUUUAUAAAGAACUCCAAACAUAAGCCAAAGACUCAAGUGUAAAUAUGUUUAUAUGGGAAAGAAAGCACAUUGUAUUUAUUGUUUACUGACAUUCCUUGUAGGAUGGUUGGACACAACCAUUUUUUCUUAGAAACAUUGUUGCUGAAAUCAAGUGUAAAUGAUUUUUGUAGAUUAUUUUUUGUAUGUAUUGUGUAAGUAGAAGGAGAGAGAAUGAAAAUACCUUUUAUGGAUAAACCAGAAGAC